AUGAAGGUUCUUUCUGCGAUUGCCACAGGAGUUAUGCUGGCAUGGCCUGCUGCUGCUGCACCUAAUCCAAUCCAUCCCCGCACAAUAUCUACAUCUGUUUUCGAUAACCUGAAUCUUUUCGCACAAUAUAGCGCCGCAGCGUACUGCGCGCCCAAUAUCAACACCACCGGAACUGCUCUAGCCUGCAGCGUGGGCAAUUGUCCGGCAGUAGAAUCUGCUGAUACUACAAUUCUAUAUGGCUUUAAUGAUUCAUGGGGUUUUGGUGACGCGGCAGGUUAUAUCGCGGUCGACAAGUCAAAUGGAUAUAUAGUCGUAGGCUUCAGGGGGAGCCAUACUUUGCCAAAUUGGCUUGCCGAUCUGGACAUUCUUCUGGUUGAUGCCAGUAGCAUCUGCCCGGGCUGCCAAAUCCACCAAGGCUUCUGGAAUACAUGGAAAGCUGUGGCUAGCAACGUGACAUCGCAAGUUCAAUCCGUUAUUAGCGCUUAUCCGGGUUAUACUCUGGUUGUUACCGGUCACAGUCUUGGAGCAUCUCUUGCCGCUAUUGCGGCGACGGUGUUUCGUGCUUCGGGAAUCGCUGUUCAGUUGUAUAACUACGGCCAGCCUCGUAUCGGAAAUUUGGCUCUAAUCAACUAUAUUACAAGUACUGAGACGUCGAAUAACACCUACCGCGUCACUCACUCAGUCGAUGUUGUCCCACGGCUGCCGCCUAAGAUUCUGGGAUACCAUCACUUCGGCCCUGAAUACUGGAUUACCAGUGACAACAACGUGACUGUCAGAGAGUCAGAUGUUGUUCAAGUAGUCGGCAUCGACUCAACUGGUGGCAACGGUGGAACGAUUACCUCUAGUAAUACUGCCCAUUACUGGUACUUUGGCCCCAUCACCAUUUGCCCUUGA